UAAACACAAGCUUUCCAGCACUUGAACUGUAGAUAUAUCUCAUUCUUAACAGUGAAAAUUGAAGGACGGUUAGUUUGACUUUCUUUAAAGCAUAAGUACAUGAGUUUAUUGUAUUGUUAUCUCGUCUAGGACAACAAUCAUGUCAUCAAAAGAUAUCAGAAGUAUUCUACAAAAUGGAGGAACAAUACUGAAUACAGAGGGGUACAUGUGGGAGUUCGGUAGACGGGGAUAUCUUAAAUAUGGAGCAUAUACACCGGAAGUUGUUCUCGAACAUCCCGAUCUUGUGGAGAGUAUGUACAGGGAAUUUGUUCAUGCAGGAUCAGAUGUUGUGCAAGCAUUCACUUAUUUUGCACACCGGGAAAAGUUAAAGAGUGUUGGUAGAGAGGAAGAUCUAGAAACAUUGAACAGGACUGCUUUAAGACUUGCGAGAAAAGUUGCAGACGACACAGACAAAAUAAUGGCAGCUGGAAUAUGCAAUACUGGAGUUUGGGAUCCCGAUAACGAAUCUACAAAAACACUUGCAAGAAAAAUGUUCAAGGAACAGGUAGAGUGGGCGGUUGAAGAAAAGGCCGACUAUAUCAUUGGUGAAACCUACAAUGAUUCAGGGGAAGCCAUGGCAGCGUUAGAAACAAUAAAGGAAUAUGGGAAAGGUUUACCUGCGGUAAUAACUAUGGCUGCUUAUUUCCCGGACACGACUGUAGAUGAUAUACCAUUCCCACAAGCUCUGAGAAAACUGGAAGAAGCAGGUGCUGCUGUUGUGGGUCUUAACUGCGCAAGAGGUCCAAAAACCAUGUUACCUUUAAUCAAAGAGAUCAGAAAAGUUGUCAAGGGUCCUAUUGCUGCCAUUCCUGUACCAUUUCGUUGCACAGACGAAUUCCGUACGUUCCAGUCACUUAAAGACCCAGAAACAGGUAAACACCUUUACCCAAAUAAUUUAGAGAGCGUAAGAUGUAAUUCAGAGGACAUACGGGAGUUUGCAGAAGAAGCCAAAAGAAUUGGUGUUCAGUAUAUUGGUCUGUGUUGUGGAAAUUGUUCAGCUUUAUUCCGAGAGCUGGCUGAAAGUUACGACCGAAAACCACCAGCGUCUAAAUAUGCUCCUGAUAUAUCACUUAGUAGUGUGUUUGGGGAACCAUCUGGCAAGAAAUAUGGACGUGCUGACAAAAUUAGGGCUUUUAUGCUAAAUUUGAAAUAUUAUAUUACCCAACGGUUAAGAAAUGGAGAGACAAUUCUUGUUGCCGAAGGCUACAUGUGGGAAUUUGGUCGUAGAGGCUACCUCAAAUAUGGUGGAUUCAUACCGGAAGUUGUUUUAGAACAUCCAGAUUUAGUUGAGAGUAUGCACGAAGAGUUUGUUCAUGCUGGUACAGAUGUAGUAGAGGCUUUUACGUAUUACGCCAACAGAGAGAAGCUUCGGUCUAUAGGAAGGGAGGAUGAACUUGAGAAACUGAACCGAACGGCUCUUAAAAUAGCAAAAAAAGUGGCAGUCCGGCACAACAAACUAACGGCAGCAGGUCUUUGUAAUACACCUUUAUAUGUUCCAGGCGAUGAUACAUGUACUGCUAAAGUUAAAGAGAUGUUCAAGGAACAAAUAAAAUGGGCAACGGAAGAAAAAGUAGACUAUAUAAUAGCAGAAACGUUCAAUGAUUUGGGAGAGGCAUUGCUGGCUUUAGAAUGCAUCAAAGAAUUUGGAAACGGUUUAUCCGCUGUUAUAACACUGACACCCUAUGGACCAGAUAUUACCACAGAUGAUGUGCCAAUACCUGAGGCUUGUAGACGUCUGGAGGAGGCUGGGGCUGCAGUUGUAGGUCUGAAUUGUGGGAGGGGUCCUGAAACUAUGCUACCUCUUCUCAGAGAAGUCAGGAAAGUUUGUAAGGGUCCAAUAGCAGCAUUACCAGUGGCUUUCCGUUGUACGGAGGAUUGUAAGACUUUCCAGUCCAUCAAAGAUCCAAAAACAGGUGAAUACCUAUACCCAGUUGACUUAGAUAGUGUUAGAUGUAAUUCGUCUGACUUUGAGAAGUUUACAAAGGAAGCAUUGGAGAUAGGCGUAACAUAUCUUGGAAUCUGCUGUGGAAACUGUGCCACCUAUUUCCGUGCGAUGGCCGAGGCUUGUGGAAAAACACCACCUAGUUCAAAAUAUACAUAUGAGUCUUCACUAAGUCAUGUAUUUGGGGCACCAGAAGGGCAAAAGUACACAAGAGCAGAUAAAAUCCGCGAAUUUAUGUUGGACAUUAAGAAGAAUUAAAAAUUGCUUGUUUAAAUUUAAAAAAAAUGUUUAAAAGUAGUAAAUUACUUUGUAUG